AGGGAAUGGGGCCAGCAGCUAUCUUGGGCCUGAGCAGGAACUGGAAUCUUCCUAGGCUGAGCCCCAGGGACAUUAACUCUUCGUGUGCAGUGACCACCAGCAUAGCCGUGGCAGGUUUCCACGUGGUGCCCUGGGUUGCCCUGGGUUCAGAGAGGACCCUGACAUUCGGCGGGUCAUGUCGGGCCGCUCCGUGCCACAUGCCCACCCGGCCACCGCCGAGUACGAGUUUGCCAACCCGAGCCGCCUGGGCGAGCAGCGCUUCGGGGAAGGCCUCCUGCCAGAAGAGAUCCUGACCCCUACCCUCUACCACGGCUACUAUGUCCGGCCCCGGGCCGCGCCAGCUGGGGAGGGCAGCCGGGCAGGGGCCUCCGAGCUUCGGCUCAGCGAGGGCAAGUUCCAGGCGUUUCUGGACGUGAGCCACUUUACCCCAGAUGAGGUGACCGUGAGGACUGUGGACAACCUCCUGGAGGUGUCCGCCCGGCACCCGCAGCGCCUGGACCGCCACGGCUUCGUGUCGCGCGAGUUCUGCCGCACCUACGUCCUGCCGGCCGACGUGGACCCCUGGCGGGUGCGCGCCGCACUCUCCCACGACGGCAUCCUCAACCUGGAGGCGCCUCGGGGCGGCCGACAUUUGGACACAGAGGUCAACGAGGUCUACAUCUCCCUGCUCCCAGCGCCCCCUGAUCCCGAGGAAGAGGAGGAGGCCGUCGGUGUUGAGCCCUGAGCGCCACAGACCCAGCGCCCACUGAACCCCUUUCUAGCUCCCGGCCCGUGAUACAAGCAGCUGCCCAGCACCCCGGAGGUAGCCGCAUCCUUGGGGGAAGGGAAACGUGCAUGGUCACAAUGUAUGGUUUGGUCCCUUGAGACGUGUCAUAGCAUUAUUUUUGUGUUUUGUGUUUUUUUCGUUUAGUUUUGGGUGGAGCUGAAUAAACCCAAAUCUCAGGGC